CUCUGAUAUUUUAUUUACUCCCGAAAUCCAAGAUGGCUCCUCUGAAUGCCUCGGUCCCAUAGCAAUUUGAGGAUGCAAGUAGCUACUAAAAAACAACUUUUCCCAGGCCAUCACACCUCCUUUAACUCAAAUUGCAUGGUGCGGGUGAGCUCCUUACGCAUGUACAGACUCUAAGCAGCCGCUGCAGCGUCGUGAAACAUUCUUCAAGUCAUCAAUUUGGAGUAGUUUCGCGAAAAGCUCGCGCUGUCUGUCCGGAGAGAGGUUUAGGCAGGCAGCUCAUCCAAAUGGCCGAACCGAGAAAAGUACAAUUUGUCACCCUCUCGACCUUCGCAGCUGGAUUAGCAACGGAUUCUAGGAAACGCCGCUUGGAGGAUGCGGCCGACAUCAACUUUGAUGGAGACGGGGAGGUCGACGCGACAGCGACCGGGGCAGAUGGUGGCAGUGGUCGUUUCGGCAAAACUGGCAACAGGGACGCGACAGAAGCGAAAAAGAUUACAGUGCGAUUGGAUCUGUCUCUGUCGGAGCCCAAUGACCAGUCGUCGGUAGAGUUUAAUUACGGGGAACUCAUUAAAAAUCUCCAGGUUAAGAGCAAGCCCCCCAUCGAGCCCCCCACCCCUGUGAUCGACCCCAAUGACCCCUUCAAUGACGACGAGACGGACCGGCUGAAGAUGGAGUCAAUGGCCAAAAAGUUUGAAAACAAAUAUGGCAACACUGGGAAGAAGAGGAAGGAUCGGAUGCAGGACCUGAUCGACAUCGGCUUUGGCUACGACGAGACUGACCCCUUCAUAGACAACUCGGAGGCUUAUGACGAGCUGGUGCCAGCUUCCCUGACCACCAAGCUGGGCGGGUUCUACAUCAACACGGGUACCCUGCAGUUCAGAGCCGCCUCGGAGUCCGAAGGGGAGGAGGGGAACAAGAAGCUGAACGACUGCACCGAGCAGGAGAUCCAGCGGCGGAAGAAGACGGCGGGAGACGUGGCCGAGGAGAGUAAACCCAGGAAGAACAGAGUGCCGAAGCAGGGGGUGAUGGCUCUGGGCCUCCACCGGCCCGAGAAGAAGAAGAGGAAGAAGCUGAUGAAGGACUCCCUGUGCCUGGCGGCCAUGAUCCGCCGCUUCAACCGCGAGAAGGACGAGAUGAGGAAGAGGAACCCCUCUGCUCAUCACACCCCGUCCUCCGCCCACCCCCACCCCCACCUCGCCGCCAAGCCCAACCACUCGCUGGCCUCGGCCGCCGCCGCCUCGGCAAACGCUGCCCAUCUCCACGGCAACGCAGCCCCCGGCGACCUCUCGCUGGCGGACCUCACCGCCGACCCGGCCGUGAUGUCCCUGCUGGGCUCGGCCAAUGAGAAGGAGCUGCAGGACCUCCUGGGAGACCUGGACUUCGGCCUCCUGGACGCCGCUCCGCAGCACGCCGGGGCCAGGGAGAACGGCCUCAUGGGAGCCGGCGGCUCCAAGGCGCCGGCGGCGGCGGGGGGAGGAGGCCUGGGGGCGGGCCCGGGGCGGGGGCUGAGCGGCGGGGGGGGCGUGUUCUCCCCGCCCCGGCUACCUGAAGGACUUCCUGCGCCGCUCAUCAAACGCAUCGAGGACCUCAGAGGGGCUUCUCGUCAGUUCGACCAGGAGGGCAGGAAGAAGUUCUUCACGCUGGACAUGAACAACAUCCUGCUUGACAUUGAGCUCCAGGUGCAGGAGCAGCCUCCUGAGGUGCGCUCCGCCAUCUACUCCCACAUGGAGGCCUUUGUUCCCUGCAACAAGGAGGCCCUGCUGAAGCGCCUGAAGAAGCUCACGCUCAACAUACAGGACGACCGCCUGCGGACGCCGCUGCUCAAGCUGAAGCUGGCCGUGUGCAGCGUGAUGCCAGAGCAGAUCGCCAGAUACAACAUGGACUGCAUGGCCAAGGUUGCCAAGCAGCAGUCUGAGGAGGUGGAGAGGAACGGAUCCGAGGACGAGGACGAGGAGAAGCCUGGCAAGAGGGUGAUGGGACCCCGCAAGAAGUUCAUCUGGGAAGACAAGCUCAGGAACCUUCUUUGCAGCCUGGUGCGUGUGAAGCUAAGCUGCUACGAGCUGGAGAAGCCUUCCCAGCUCUCUGUAGAGGACUACCUCAAGGCCUUCAUGGAGAACGAGGUCAAACCACUGUGGCCAAAGGGCUGGAUGCAGGCCAGGAUUCUGUUGAAGGAGAGCCGUACGGUGCACAGUCACCUCACUGGAAACCUAGUGAAGAGGAGAGUGCUGUCGGGGCCCAGGGCCAAAGCCAAGGAGGGCCUUUGGAUCCAGAACCCCGCCUUCCCCAUGACCUCCGCCCCGGGGGCCUCCACCUCGCUGACCCCCCCCGCCGGCCGCCGGCCGCCCCUGCCCUCCUCGGCCGAGCCCAUCUGCCUGUCGGACUCCCUGGACGAGGACCUGUCGGCGCCCACCCUGGACUCCAUCUCCCACGCGCUGGCCCUGCUGGGCGGCGCCUCCAAGGGCCUGCUGGGGCCCCUGCAGCUCCCCGCCUCCUCCUACCUCCCCUUCUCCUCCGCCGCCGCCGCCGCCGCCGCGCCGCAACAUUCCCUGGUCAAGAUGGAGUCGGCCGCGCCGGUCGGCGGCCCCUCCUCCUCCUCCUCCGCCGCCGCCGCCGCCCACAACCCUUCCUCCUCCUCGUCUACCUCCUCCUCUGGCUCCUCCCCCUCCGCCUCGGCUCUGGGCCGGCUGCAGGGGGGCGGGGCCUCGCUGCCGCCCAAGCCCGGCGACGGCUCCUACGGCGCCAUGAAGCUACCCUCGGGGGCCCCCGGCCAGGGCCAGCACCAGAGGCUCGUCACCGUGGCGACCGCGGCGCACAGCAGGCCCAGUGUGAUGAUGGGCGGCGUCAACAAGCUCCACCCCCAGCCCUCCCCCUCCCCUCCUAAACAGCGGCCCCCGCCCACCUCGUCCCCCCUCCUGCCCCCGCACCAGAAGGGCUACUCGGGCCCCACGGGGCCCCUCGGCGGGGCCCAGGGCAUGGCCAAGAGCGCCGCCAAACCCCCCGCCCCCGCUGUCGGCAGCAGUAGCAACGGGGGCUCCAUGCUCCCCCCGCCCCGCUGCAGCCCCCUCUCCCUCCCCCGGCCCCCCCUGCAGUCCUACUGCCCCGCCGUCUCCUCCUCCUCGGCCUCCUCCGCCCACCCCCCCAGCCCCUCACUCUCCUCCCACUCUGCCCUCGCCAAGCCCCACCCCCAGCCCCACCCCCAGCCCCACCCCCAGCACCACCCCCAGCACCACCAGUCCAACUUCAUCACCCCCAUGCAGGCCACGCUCACCAAGUCCUCCCACAGCAGCACCUCCUCCUCCAUCAUCAAGCUCACCCCCCGGCCGCCGGGGCCCAGCCCCGCCCCCCCCCCUUCCUCCUCCUCCUCCUCCUCCCUCUCCCUCUCCCAGCCGCAGAUCCUCUCUGCCCAGCAGCACCAGUUCUCCCAGAAAGCUCAGGGAUUCCGCCCCCCCUACUGCCUCCCGGCGGGGGUCCAGGCGAAGCUGGGCCAGGCGAGCUACAGCUUUGCCGGGGGCCAGAAGACCCAGGCGGUCAGCGUCAGCGGCGGUAGCAUCACCGCCGCUAGCCCCAGCAACAAGAUCAACAACAAUAACAGCAUGGUAGCUAUGACGGCCGGCUCCAUCCGCCCCGGCAACAGCCCGUCCCCGUCGUCGUCGUCGUCGUCUUCUUCGGUUUCAGCCAAUCACGGACAGCGGCAGAGGACUGGGGGCGGGGCCGGGCAGGGCUCCAAGGCAGGAAAUGGACGGGUCAUUUCUGGAACGCCCAGCCCCUCCCACUUGGCCCAGGUGUCGUCGGUGGCUGGUGGCGGCCUGGUGGGCAGCCCCCCCACGCUGCCCCUGGGGUACGGCAUGCUGGGAGGACUGGUCCCAGUGUCGCUGCCCUUCCAGUUCCCCUCUCUGCUCAACUUCAGCGCCCCACCCGGCGUGCCCGGGGGCCUGGGCGGGGCCCCCAACUCAGGAUUCUCCCUCACACAGAACGAGCUGCUGGAACUGUAUAAGUCUCUCCAGUCCGGCUCACAGGCUGCUCUCCCUCCACACUUGCAACUUGCUUUCUCAGAUGCGAACCAAAACCAGGCGAGCGACAUGAAGAGGAAGUCCCACUGACCACUCGUCCACACCGGAUCCAGCCCCCUGCUGGUAGACAUCACAGGUGUCCACCAAUGGGAGCCGGCCCUCCGCUGGGUGACAUCACAGGUGUCCACCAAUGGGAGCCGGCCAGCCGCUGGGAUGGACUGGUUUAUCUAGUUGUACACUGACCCCUCAUCUUGGACCUAGGAGCAAGCAUCGGUAUAAUCUCACUAUCAAGGACAAUGAUGGACAAGACCUUAUUUAAGCCUUUUUUUUUAUUUUGUUAUGUUUAUCCAGUAGAGCGGCAAGAAAGAAACUAAUAAUUUGAAAAGAAAAAAAAGGUGUUGUUAAGCCUUUUUUUUUUUUUUUUUUUUUUUUUUUUUUGUCGACAUGUUUACAUAUGAAUCGACCUUGAUCACUGUGGCAUAAGAUUGUGAGCUAGGCGGCAGACUAGUCGUACGCUACGUAAUAUUACUUGUAUUUAAGCUUCUGUGGAAUUACGGGAUUCUUUAUGUUCUUGCAGUAAAAGACAAAAAAAUGAAAUGGAGAAAAAAUAGACGGUUGUUUUUUUUCCCCCUCAUGUCCCUGAUGUGGAGCAAACUGUUUAAGUUUGUAGAAAUGUACUGUUGGAUGUCACUUCUGCUCCUACAAAUGACUGUUAAGUUGUUAUAUGAUCUUAUAUAUUAAUAUUAUUGAUAAAUUAUUUGUAAUUUACACAGGGACAUAAUAUGUGUGUUUAUGUGAGCGCGUUUGUGUGUGUGAGUGAGAUCAAAGUGUGCGUGUGUGUGUGUGUACACGAGAUAGAUUUGUGUGUUUGUGUACAUAUAGGCAAUAUUAUGUAUUUUCUUUUCAUGGGAGUGGGUGAGAAAGUGUAUCCCCUCUCGCUAUGGGCGAGUCUGGCCUGGGCCUGGCUCCCUUGCGCCCCCGGUGCUGUUAGUCACACUGGACCCUUCCUGGACACAACCAAGACUUGAAUAGAAACGUAGAACCCUGAUUUGGACAGAUGGGCUCGAGUAUUAGGCUGGUAUUUUUAGUGUACUUGAAUUUUCUUUUUUUUUUGGGGGGGGUUGGGUUGGGGUGCGUAAUGUAUGAUCUUUUCGUUCUCUGCUAAUCAAGUUAAUCUUCUCAAAUGUCAAUGUAACACGACGCCUUAGUUUGUUCAAAUGGUAAACCGUUCAAAUACUAUGCAGGACUGUAAAACGCUCCUCAAUGCAAAAGUGCAAGUUGUUGCCUGGCUUUCAACCUCUCUACUCAACUGUCAGUGUGUUUCUGGGAGUCGUCUGUUCCCACGAGACUCCUCACGCCACCGCUAAAUACCUCUGUUAACUAACCUGUUCUUCCUGCGUCCAUUUCUUACCACACCUGCGUUUUUUUUAUUACCUUUUGAGGGGGGGUUGGGUUGCAAGGAAAAUUUGGAAAUUUCGAGGUCAGAAAGUAAAACAGUCUGUUUGCCUGUUCUCCUUGACAGUUUGUGUGUUUGUUGUACUAAUGUUCUAAUAAGGAAGUCCGUAUAGUUGACUGUAAACACCGGGAGGACUUUUACUUUGUGAACCCGAAAGCUCCCCUCAGUAGUUGACUCCGUUCCACUGCGGGACUUUUUUCCACUCCACAUUAAAAGUGUGUGGUUGACUGACUAACUACUAAGAAUGGCGCCAAAGAUUGUUCCCUUGCUAGUUUGAAUGAAGGGUGUGUCAUGGUCAGCUGUGUGUAUGUCUGUAUGUGUGUGUACUUAAUUUAACGUUGUCAAAAUGUAGCCAAUGAGUGUUAUUGUCUGGUCGGGUCAGGUUGUCAUGAGCGGUUUUAUUGGAGCAGCGGGUGACGUCCUUUGUUUUGGGGGGAGGGGGGGAUUUCACAGUAACUUAAUUGGGUAUUUUUGUAGAUUAUUUUUUGUGUCAAUUAUUAAAUUAAAAGAAAAACGGGUGUUUUUUAAUUGGAAAGAAUUUACUUCAGUGAUAUUUGCAUAAUUUGUCAUUUCUUGUCUAGGCGAGUUUAUUAGCCAAACUUCAAACUGAACAGAGGUUACCAAAGAAACAUUCGGUAAUGUUAGAUUAAUACCAUCCUAAGGUUGAUUACUCAAUCCCCUCUAAAAAUAUAUGUAUUUCGACCAACUCAAAAUAUAUUUGACUUAUCGGAUCACUAAAAAAUAAAUACUUAUACAUUAGCCCAUUAAAAAAUGUUUCAAGGGAUCUGAUUGGUCAAAAAACCUUUUGUUUUCAACCAAUUAGAUCGCUCGAAAUAUAUAUAUUCUUUCAACCAAUUCGGCCAGUAUUGAUGUAGUCACAUCUUUGUUAAUCCAACCGCUUACCGAUUUGUAUCGGUGAAUCGUUACACCAGCCGUAUUUAUAUGUGGGUGCCCGGUCCUCAUACGGUCAACGGCAAGAGAUCUAUUGAUAAAACAAAAGUUAUGAACAGUUGAAGUAAAUUCAUGAAUUUGGUUCUAGACUAGGGUAUGCUCUUCCUACAGGUUUCUCCUGAGCCAGUAGGGAAUCGGAUUCAGUCCAAGGCGGAUGAACGUAAAAGACACAACAAAGCGUGUAUGUUUUGAAGAUUAGUAAGAAACAGACCAUGGAACCAUUUUGCCAAUAAAAUCCUUAAGGAUUCCUAGGACCAAAUGAAGAAAAAACAAUGGCUACAAUGAAUAUGCUUUAUUUUCCUUAAAAAACGCCAUCUAGAAAUACAGGAAUACAAGAAAUAAUAUAGGGUACGGGGUGCUGUCAAAUGUAUUUGUAGUGAAUUGUAAAUCUAAAGAAGAUAAUAAAAUCAAAACAAGUUAACUACUUACUAGAUGUUAAAGCUUGAAACCAACACAUGCAGGGCCCAUUUCCCCAACGCAAUUUUUAUCUCCCCCAGCCUCAUCGAGUUAACGGGGAGGGGUGUUAAGUGCCAACAUAGAGAUAAUGACCGCAUCAGGCCUACAAUGGCAUUGAUAUAAUACUGAGUUUUCUGAGAGCUCACCCUGCCCAGCAUAGGUAGCACUGGCUAUGAUAUGGCCGACCACUAACACGCAAUAAAAACAGCAACCAAAGGGUAGUAGUAUACAAGGUUUCAAUAGCUCGUUGGUACAUCCCGUUGGGGGCCGUGAUGACCACAGGUCCCUUCCCCUGCUCGCUGAUGCCCUCGCUCAGUGUCUGAAGGCACUUCCUGAGGCCACCUACCCACCAUCAUCCCAGUGUUGCUGCAGUGCCAAUGCUUCAUAGACACCAGGGAGAACACAAUCAAAUAAUACUGUUGUGCACACGUGUUCGCUUUUCACAUUGUGGGACCACCACAGUAGCAACACCUAUGCCAACGUCCUUCCAGAACACACGCCUGGCUUCAAAGCUGCGUAGUCACUUGUAUUCUCAGAGUUUGCUAUCCCAAAGCUAGUUCCUGAAGGAGGUCCCUCUUGCCAGGUCAACGGGAGUGUUCUGUGUGACCAGUGAA